AUGACUCAGCAUUACAACCAAUUCUCAUCUGGAGAAUUUUUUGCUCUUAGUUCUCAAAUGAUUAGGCAGGACGAGACUGUUGUCAGAGCCGGAACUUACUGUCAUUCAAGUCUCACGCUACCUGCAAAUAGAGGAACUGUACAGAUAAAUAUUGAAAUUGCAGCAUAUUUAAAAACUUUGAUCAAUUUUGUGGGUUCCUGGACCAGCCCUCUAUUCCAUCUCAUGACUGAACUGAGUGCCAUGCAAGAUGUCCCUGAAAAGAUCCUCUCAAAAGCCAAGGAGAUCGAAGAAACCACCAGACAAGUCCUGGAUGACCUUAGGUGGAUACUUACCAAGGUCUCUCCUACAGAAGAGAUGAAGGAAGAAUUUCCCCACUGGGAACAUCUUUCAUUCUUAAAAUCAAGUAGCAAAAAAGAUAAAUUUUUGGCAAUGUUUAACCUUUCCUACUGCAUAGAUCAUGAUACAAAUUACAUUAUACUUCAGCUCAGAUUAUUGAAGUGUCUCAUAACUGGGAAAGAUUGUUAA